AUGAUUUUAUCGCUGUUUAUAUAUGUAUUUAAAUUAGAUGAUUGCAUUAGAAGUUGGGAUUAUCUGAUGGUAAGGGGAAUGAUUCGUGGGAUUCCUGAAUUAAACUUAGGUUUCAUUGAUGUAACCAACAAACAAUUAGAGUAGUUUAAAGAGGAGGAUUACGGUUUUAAUUUUUAAGGUCAAGAAAGUAGCAUAAUCAAAUUCAAAGUGGGUGAAUUGAUAUAUGCAGCCAAAUAGAAACACACUAUCGAUAGGUAGUUGAUCUCAAGAUUGGCUAUGAAAAUGAGGAAAAGCAAGCCGUCAUAAUUAUUAGACUUGCUGUCUCAUUUCGAAAACAUCUAAACUUAUAGAAAACAUGCUUAAUUUUAUAUGAAGACCAUAUUUGAUUUAUACUGA